AUGACUCCAGGUGCCCCCCUGGAUAUGAACGACCCCUCAUGGUCAGAGGUCCUGGUGGACAUUUGGAGUCAGGAAUGGGGCCCACAGGAAACCAACAACAGCCAACCUGGCCCCGGGAUAGAUUACCUCAGCCCCAGCAGCUACAGUUGGGAAACCAAGGCCAGCCAUGGUGUAGGUCGGACAGCAUGGUCAGUGCUUGAAGAUGCCUCCGUCGCCAGAUUUUAUAAAUUUAUCAAACCCUUGUGUCGAGGGCUGACUUUCAAUAGAUCGCAGCGAGGGAGCUGCUCUGCUACGUAUGAAACCCCGACCCAGAAGCAGGUCGUCUGUGAAUGGUUUAGCACCAGGCUCCCCACGAACGUGCGGUGCGUGACAGGCGAGGGGGCGGCCGCCUUUCCGGCCGCUCCCCGUGUUCCCGGGACAGAGGGCGCUCCGCACCGGACCCGGUCCCAACGCGCGGCCGGGCCGCGCCACACCGCGACGGGCCCGCCGGCGGGGGACCAGCUCUCCGAGGCCGACAGAGGCUCCGCGACGCUGCCGUAUCCCUCCUGGGCGAUUGAGACCAACUAUAUCUUGACGCUAGCAACCACGAGCAGCAAAGUCUCUCGCGACACCCUCUACGAGGCGGUGCGGGAAGUCCUGCACGGGAACCAGCGCAAACGCAGAAAGUUUUUGGAGACUGUGGCGCUGCAGAUCAGUUUGAAGAACUAUGACCCUCAAAAGGACAAGCGUUUCUCGGGGACCGUCAGGCUUAAGUCCACUCCACGCCCCAAGUUCUCUGUGUGUGUUCUUGGGGAUCCGCAGCACUGUGAUGAAGCCAAGGCUGUGGAUAUCCCCCACAUGGACAUCGAAGCGCUGAAAAAACUCAACAAGAAUAAGAAACUGGUCAAAAAGCUGGCCAAGAAGUAUGAUGCCUUUUUGGCCUCUGAAUCCCUGAUCAAGCAGAUCCCAAGAAACCUAGGUCCAGGGCUGAAUAAGAAUGUUCGGGCUUUGUAUAUCAAGAGCACCAUGGGCAAGCCCCAGCGUCUGUACUAA